GCCCCCGCGCCGCGGUGGUAGAGGCUGGGCUGGGGGCUUAGCGGCAUCCGGCUCCGCCCCCUCUCCCCGCGGCCGUUGGUACGUCCCGGGAUCGCCCGGCAGCAGACGCAGGAGUCAGUGCAGCCCAGGGCCUCCCCCCGUGUCCGCCUCAGUGGUAGAGGCCGCGAUCGCUCCUGUUCGUCAGCGCUGCCGUUGCCUCAGUUGGAGUUCGUUGCCGCUGCCGUCUCUGGGCCCUCCGUGUUCCCUCUGAUAGUGUAUGAGUGAUCUAUAACCCUGAGCCCGACAUGUCCACUCCGGCCCGUAGGCGCCUCAUGCGGGACUUCAAGAGGCUGCAGGAGGAUCCCCCGGCCGGGGUGAGCGGGGCCCCCUCCGAAAACAACAUCAUGGUGUGGAACGCCGUCAUCUUCGGGCCCGAGGGGACGCCUUUCGAGGACGGAACUUUCAAACUGACAAUAGAAUUCACAGAAGAAUAUCCGAAUAAGCCACCUACUGUUAGAUUUGUCUCUAAAAUGUUUCAUCCAAAUGUCUAUGCAGAUGGUAGUAUAUGUCUGGAUAUUCUUCAGAAUCGUUGGAGUCCUACUUACGAUGUCUCCUCCAUCUUAACAUCCAUACAGUCUCUAUUGGAUGAGCCAAACCCUAACAGUCCAGCAAACAGCCAGGCAGCUCAGCUAUACCAAGAGAAUAAGCGGGAAUAUGAAAAACGGGUUUCUGCAAUAGUAGAACAGAGCUGGCGUGACUGUUGACCCAGGACGAUGCAAAUGAACACUCUGAUGAGGAAAAUAAAGUGUCUGAGUCAUCUUUUUCCUCCUAGCAUUUACUUUGAAAGCAGAAUAGCUGUUGUGCUGUUGCCACCCUCCCUUGCUGAAGCUUCUUCUCCUCGGACAUCAGAAAGCACCCACUUUGAAGUCAAAUGUUCUGUACUUGGGUUACUUGCAAAAGAGUUACUGAUGCUGAAUUCAUUUUCUGUGGUCCUUCUCCAGUCUUAGGGCAGUAUUGUGCAUUUCUGUAGUGUACACUAAGCUUUUAAUUGUAAUUGUGUUAUACACAGUGAUGCUUAUGUGUAGCUUGAUAAAAGGGAUGUUUAUAUACAUACACAUUUUUUUAACUGAUAUUAACUAAAGUGCUGAUCUGUCCAGGCUGGUCAUUUACCUCUACUAUUGGUUUAGACCCCACUGCAUUUGUAAGUACUGAGUGAAGAAAUAACCUCAUUUCCCUUUUGUAUUGGUUUAUCAACUCCUUACUCAUUGAAAAAAAAAAAAAAAAAUCCCAACUCUUAAAUUGAUUCCAAUUCAAAUAGUAAGACUGUGGAAUGCUAGUUACUGCUGCACUUCACAUGCAAGAUUUAUGUACAGAUAUACAUAAAUCACUACAGUUGUGGUACUUUACCUUUGCUUAGGGUGAGAAACAACCCCUUUUUUUUAUUUUAUUUUAAAGGACAUGCCUACGGAGACUGCUUCAGUAAGUUUCUAUAGUCCUGUCACUGAGGCAUUACUGGACAAAACCAGGUAGAACUGUGGUACUCUGAGCAAAAGACCUUCCACAUUAAGGAAGAGGUAGAACCUGAAGUGUUCCAGUGGUGGAAUGACUCUCCUUCAGUGUCUCUUUCCUGCCCCUUAUCUUUAGCUGAGAAAGAUAAGUUCUUGGGGAUCCAACUUUGCCUUGUGGAAAAUUUGAAUAAAGUACAGGGUAGGCACUUGAGUCUCUGCAGUUUCUGCUCUUUGUAGAUUACUCUGUGGUUUGUGUGAGCUACUGCUGCAUGCUUGAGUUAGUUUCCCUUCAGUUUUAUGAAAGUAUUUUUUUCAACUCUGAAAAAAAAAACCCCAAACAUUUGUAAGUCCAGACUCACUUUUUUUGUACGGCUAAGUUUGUACAUUUGGAUACAGUACCUUAAGCAGCAGUGUGGGAUGAAACCUACAAUUGUGUUGUCCACUGUUCCAGUGUCUUUUGUGUGCACAUUGGUCUGUUAGUUGAGAAGUUUAACUUUGCACAAGUAACCCAUGUAAGAAACUGUACAUUUUUCAAAAGUUGUAAAUAAAGUGUAACCUUAGUGCUUAUUGUAUAAAUAGGCAA